AUGGAUGUCGGUACAGUGAUGUCUGCUGCUCAAUCUCUAUUUACAGCUCUGCAAUGUUCAGAGCUGAAAAUGAUAUGCUCCAUCUUCGGCUACAAAUCCCAACUUGAUGAUCUACAACGCACUGUCUUCAAAAUCAAAGCUGUGCUUCGUGAUACAGAAGCCAAACAAGAGCUCUCUGAUCAAGAUCAGCUUUAUAUCGAGGACCUUAAGGAUGCAGUUUAUGAGGCGGAUGAUCUCAUUGAUGAGUUUGUCACUCUUGCUGAGGUGAAGAAGCUUACAGAAGGAGAAAAGAAGGCUAGUCUGCUUCCUGAUUUCAGAUGGCUUGAAGUUGCUUACAAGGUGUCUCGAGGGGUGAAGAAGUUCAGGAAGAGGUUGGAUGAUAUUGCUUCCUAUAAUAGAAAGAAGAGAAAGAACUGGGAGUUGGCGCCUGGGCUUGUUCUGGAUGAUGUGUGGACUGAGAAUCGUGGCCAGUGGCGUACUCUGGCAGGAUUCUUGAUGGGAGGUCGAAAGGGAAGUUGGGUUGUGGUAACUACACGCUCUCAAGAGACGGCAAGAGAAAUAGGGGACGGUCAAAAGUAUGAGCUGCAAGGCUUGUCAGAGAGGAAUUCACAGUGCUUGCUAGAAAGGAUGGCUUCUGGAUCGAAUCAUUCAAACCUUCCUCAGGACUUGGUGGAGAUUGGCCGAGAGAUUGUUAAAGGAUGUGCCAGUGUUCCUCUGGCUAUAAGAGUGGCCGGAAGUCUUCUUUAUGGUCAAGAUAAGAGUCGGUGGCUAUCAUUCCUGAAGACAGGACAAUCCAACAUCAGAGAAAGUCAAAAUGACAUCAUGCCUAUAUUGAAGCUAAGUUACCAUCAUCUUGAAUCCUCGUUGAAGAGUUGCUUCAGUUAUUGUGCAUUAUUUCCGAAAAACUUCGUGAUAGAGAAGCAGAUGUUGACAAGUCUUUGGAUGGCACAAGGUUACAUUGAUGUAGUUCAAGACAAAUAUGGUAACAUUAUCUCCUGUAAGAUACAUGAUCUCAUGCACGACAUUGCUCAAAAAGUAGCAGAAAAAGAGAUGUGUGUAAUGAAUACAGUUUACGGCAAGGUGGAUACUAAAGCUCGCCAUCUAUCUACUAGAGAGUUUGCAAGAUACUCUUUCACUAAGGCACGUAUCCGUUCAUAUCUUCAUGUUGGCAGUGGUAUAAUUGCCAAGGCAGACAAGUUUUCGGUGGAUUCACUACUAACAAAAAGCACGCGUCUAAGGGCACUGGACCUAAAGUGCUCAGGUAUAAAAAGUUUGCCUAGCACGACAAGUGAAUUGCUGCAUCUGAGGUAUUUAGAUCUCUCGGAGAAUGGAGAUAUGGAAGUGCUCCCCAAGUCCAUUACAAGAUUGCAUAAUUUGGAAACUCUGAAAUUAAGUGGGUGCUAUCGGUUGAAAAGGCUGCCAAAACAUACAAACAAGCUGAUUAAGCUCAGGGCCUUGGAUAUAGAGGGUUGUUAUCUGUUGAGUUGUAUGCCUCCGGGCAUGGGUAAGUUAACUUGUCUUCACACACUGCCUGAAUAUGUCCUCAGUACUGAAACAUGUUCGAGUCUGAAGCACUGGGUUGAUCAGCUACAGGACUUAAAAGUUCUCAAUAAACUUAAAGAUAAUCUUACAAUGCGGAUCCAAUUCCCCAAACAUGCUGUGUACAACUGCAUAGAAGAUGGAAUAGCUGGAGGAGCAUAA